CACUUUCCUCAGCUCUGCCAAGGGUAACAGCCAUGAAGAACUCUUCUGCUGGCCCCAUUACCCUGGGGUGCCAUUACCCUGCACAUUUCCUUUCAGGGAACAAAUACUCUGUUGUUGGGUGGGACAGCAGCCUUUUUAGAGUUGAAAAUGAAGCGGCCGCUUUAAGAACAGCACGUCAAUUUGGAGCUGGUGGCUCAGGUCACGUGGUAGAAGUGGCCUUGUUUGCAUCUGUUGAUGAUGUCGCUUUUGUGGUGAUGUUGCUGCGGUGCCCUUAGGAGUGAUUGGCCACGGCUGGUCGCAGAGUGAUGAGGCUUCGCCCUCACAGAAGCAAGGCGGAAAUGUGGAAGACGCCGUCAGGUGGAGGCAGGAGAGGCGAGGUGGUGAUGAGUGGUCUCAGCUGACUCUUCAGGAAGGGGAAGAAGGAGGAGCCAACCCCUGAAACGGCAAUACGGAAACUAAAGGAGACAGAGAAGACACUGAUCAAGAAACAGGAGUUUCUGGAGCAGAAGAUUCAGCAGGAGCUACAGAUGGCCAAGAAGCGUGGGACCAAGAAUAAGAGAGCUGCCCUGCAGGCUUUGCAGAGAAAGAAAAGAUUGGAACAGCAGCUGGCACAAACCGAUGGGACAUUAUCCACCCUGGAGUUUCAGCGUGAAGCCAUUGAGAAUUCCACCACCAACAAAGAAGUGCUUCGUGCAAUGGAGUUUGCUGCCCAAGGCAUGAAGAAGGCCUACCAGGACAUAGACAUUGACAAGGUGAAUGAACUGAUGACUGACAUCACAGGACAACAGGAGGUGGCCCAGCAGAUCUCAGAUGCCAUUUCUCGGGCUGUGGGCUUUGGAGAUGAUGUGGAUGAGGAUGAACUGUUGGAGGAGCUAGAGGAGCUGGAGCAGGAAGAAUUGUCCCAGGAGUUGUUAAAUGUGGGCAACAAGGAGGGAGAACCCCCAGUCAAAUUGCCCAGUGUACCCUCUACACAUUUGCCUGCAGGGCCAGCAGAUGAAGACAAAGAAGCACUAAAGCAGUUGACAGAGUGGGUAUCCUGAUGAGUCUGGACUUGUCUUCCUAACACCGCCUUCAUUGGUCUCUUUUCCUUAAGUGCCAAGUGCUGAGCUAAAGGAGCCUAGCCUUUUUAGGAGGUCCUGCUGAGGAUGCUAGUAUGACCCUGCCUUAGAAAUGGGUCUACUGCCCUCCCAUCCCUGGCUCAACUCUGAAGAUGGAUCUUGAUGUGGGAGGAGUCCCUGGGCUGCAUUCUCUUUGAUAGCGGUUACAGUGCCCUUGCUCCCAAUAAAACUGGGCAAAUGGAACCCUGGUGUCUAUACUGCCUUGUCUACACUGAAACUUUUCUGUAGUCCUUGGAGCCUUGUUUCAAGCAGUUAAUAAUGGCAGUAGUGAAGGGGGUUGGAACAUACAACAAAUAGAUGGGCUUUCCCAAUUUCUUAACCUACUUUGUUCCAGGCAGACACUAUUUCAUCUUUCAAAUUGGUUUGUCCUAGAGUUGCCUAGUGCUGAGGUUGAGAAUAACUACCACCUGUUACCAUCUCUUUCCCCCAGUCAGGUCUCUGCCAACACAGCCUAUGAGUUACCAUCCUUUUUCCUUUUGUAAAACACAUUUGUCAGGAAGGGAGAGUAGAGAGAUGGAAGGGGCAAGUGGCUUUCCUUUAUCUAGAACCCAGAGUUAAUAGCUUUCACCACUAGAAGGUUUGGUUUGAACUCUGCCACUUCUGUGACUGUGAAUGAUAGUGCGUGUGAGGGGCCCUAACUCACUGGGAUUGUUUGCUUCAGUAGUGGUUAAGGUGGCAUUUGGAGGGAGAAGGAACUGAGGUACUUCGCACACCCUGAUAUCCAUUUCUCUGAAAGGGGAGAACAUGCCAUUCCUUUGUAGUGUAGACAGAGGCAGAGCCAUGAUCAAAGCAGAGCAGCCAGGGCUAUUGUCCCACUGCUUGAACCUUUAGAGAGCACAGAAAUGUAAGAAAAUGGCAUGUACUUAGUCGGAAUAGUGAAGCUUCCCAAAAGUGGGUGUUAAUCUGAGCACCCAUCCCCUUCCCCUACAGGAGCCACAUUGUGAAUUACAACAUCCAUAAAAAGGUGCCAG